CUCGCCUCUCUCGUUCUCUGACAGUUUGUUGAUUCGACGAUAACAGCUGAUCGUGGAACGCGCAGGAACGACGAAAGACGUGUAAGCUCGCGGAAAUCGAGAUAAAUUCCACACACGUUGCAAUAAUAUACAUUUAUGUGUGCAUAUGUAUAUAUAAUAAUUAAGUAGGAUUCGUUAGAAAUUGCGCUCGUAUCUAAAGCGAAAAUAUGUUGAAACCGAAGGCGCUCACACAGGUUCUUAGUCAGGCGAAUACCGGGGGCGUGGAAAAUACCUUAUUGCUCAACAGAGAUGGUGGAUUGUUAGCGUACAGUGGUUACGGGGAUAAGGAUGCCAGGGUCACAGCCGCCAUCACGAGUAACAUUUGGACAGCUUACGAGAAGAAUGGGCGUAAUGCCUUCAAGGAGGACGAACUGCAGUUUGUUCUCAUGGAUUGUAUGGAAGGAAAAGUCGUUAUCACGGAGGUAGCCAAUUUGCUCCUGUGUUUGUACGCGAAGGAGAGCGUAGGCUUUGGAUUGUUGCGCGAGAAAGCGCAGGCAUUGGCCAAAUAUCUCGAUCAACCCUUAAAAACGAUAGCAAACAUGCCUUGAAUGGCCAAUGGAAAUCAUGAUCGAUCUGCUUUCAAGAGUCUGUACUCUUGAAAAAGUCGUACUCGAGAGAUUACGAAUUUACCUUAUGAUACUUAUUUAUUGUUUAUAAGGAUUUGUAAGUUGUACUGUCUGCGUAUAAAUAUAUUUUUUAUUAAUCCGAAGUGUCAUGCGAGAGUAUUUCCACAUUUAAUAUACAUGCAUUUGUACAUAAUUCUGAAUUUUAUUAAUAUAGGGAGAUAUAAAUAUAAUAUAAUAAUAGUACACAUAAAUAGAUGAAUGAAAGUAUAGGUAAAAGUUGCUCUUUAAUAUAUAUAAUAAAUCUUUUAUUUCAUAUAAGUUACAAUUAA